AUGGGUCUGUUCAAAUCCAAAGGUGGAUCGGCCGGCGAUGCUCCGCCCUACGAGAGGGAUGCCAAGGAGGAUGUGUACGUGACCGCUACACCCGCCAAUGAUGGCGACAAUGGCUCCUUGAACGAUGACGAUGCUGCUCUGCAAGCCACGACGGGCUACAAGAGCGAUUUCAAACGCGAAUUCAAAAGCUUGUCCACCAUCUCCUUUGCCUUUUCCAUCAUGGGACUGAUAUCCUCCGUAGCGACCACCUUCAACCUGCCCUUUUUGUCCGGAGGACCAGCCAGCACCGUGUUUGCAUGGAUGCUGGGAGCGAUCAUGAACCUCACUCUGGGCGCAGCAAUCGGAGAACUCGUGUCCGCUUACCCAUCAGCAGGCGGUCUCUACUCUGCCUCUGGCCUCGUCGUGCCCAGGCGGUACAGAGCCAUCACUGCUUGGUUCACUGGCUGGCUCAACUUCACCGGUCAGAUCGCUGGUAUUGCUGGAACCGAGUAUGGAUUGGCACAAAUGAUCUUUGCCUGGGCUUACGUCUUGACCGGCUACUCUGCCAGCGUGGGCGCAACUUAUGGCUUGUAUGCCGCUCUCCUCAUCGUCCACGGCAUCCUCAACUGCUUCCCAACCGGCUGGCUGGCCAGGUUCACCUCUUCCUACGUCUUCAUCAACCUCGGCAUGACCGUCAUCACGGGUGUUCUGGUGCUCGCUCGCACGCCAGCUGCGGAGAUGCACACUGGCUCUUACGUCUUUGGCGAGAUUAGAGAUGGCACUGGUUACGGUAGCAACGCUUUCGCCUUCCUGGUCGGAUUGACCUGCGUCCAAUUCGUCAUGACGGACUACGAUGCCACUGCACACAUUUCUGAAGAGGUCGAGAGAGCAGCUAUUGCCGCUCCUGUCGCCAUCUUUGUGGCCGUAGCGGGAACGGGUCUCUUUGGAUUCUUCCUCAACGUCGCCAUGGUGUUCGCAAGCGGCGACGUAGCAUCUCAAGAUCUCAGCACCUUUCCCGGAGAGCUCGCUUUCGCGCAGAUCGUCUUUCUCAGAGGAGGCAGAGUGGCCUUCCUGGUCAUUUGGCCGUUCAUCUGCAGCGUCGCCUUCUUCGUGGUCCAAACCGCUACGCAAGCCAAUGCCAGGUCUUUCUACGCCUUUUCUCGGGACGGAGGUUUGCCCAAAAUCUUCUCCAAGGUCAUUCGCGGCUCUACCGUGCCGGCCGUCAUCCUCGUCGUGGUGGCAUGCGCAGCGCUCGGCUUGCUCAGCUUCGCAUCCUACGCAGCUGUAGCCGCCAUCUUCUCCCUCGCUGCGCUGGGAAUGGAUCUGUCCUACAUGGUUCCCAUUCUGUGCGCCAUGAUCUUCAGAAGACAUCCGGAUGUCAACUUCAAGCCCGGACCCUUUUGGAUGGGAUGGGGAUGGUUCGGCACGACGAUUCGGAUCAUCGCUUGCAUCUGGACGGUGUUUGAGUGCGUCGUCCUUGUCAUACCCACCGUCAGCCCGCUCACGGCGCAGAACAUGAACUACUCUUGGGUCGUCAUGCUCGGAGUCCUCUUGCUGGCUGCUGCUGCUUAG